GCCAAUCAGGAGCGGCCACAGUGUUUGGAAACAACAUUCCUCCUUCGCUUAAGUCCCUGAGACAGAGGAGGAUCUGCGAAACCAACGCAAAAGUCGCUAAAGUUUCUCUCAUAUCGGACCAAUUUUAGGUAUUCUGAACUGUCUCUUUGUUUUGUCGAACUGUUUUCAUUAUUGUGUCGCGUUGGAGGUAGGGUCAAACGAAGCGCGAGGCUAAAACGGGUACAACACACAGUAGAGAAAAUGGAUGUGGGAGAUUCUCAACAAAAGGUGAUUAGUAUCCUCGUCAAAACGCCAAACCAAGCCCAAGAGGACCAAACCGUCGAUGGCAUCUAUGUGACCUGGACCGUGAAGGAUCUAAAAACACACCUGUCGACAGUCUACCCCACCAAACCGGCUGUGACUGACCAGAGACUGAUCUAUGGUGGUAAAUUGCUCCCUGACCAUCUGCAUAUUAGAGAUAUCUUCAGACAGACAGAUUCCAUACCCACACUGCACCUGGUGUUGGCUGGGAGGAAUCCACUGCAUGAAACAAUGGGGGCUCGACCCAAGACAAAAGAGGAACAAAAAACACAUUCUUCACCCUCCAGGCCGGUGCCAGCCUCUGUUUCACCCACCACCUCCACCAUCACACCAGAGCUGAGGCAGAGAAGACCGGCUUCUGCUACAGGUCACACACAAAACCCAGUACCUCCACCUGGAACUCCUGCAUGGCCUGCUGCAGAAAUACCCGGAGCUCAACCGAUGCCCCAGCCUGCCUUUCCUACCUACUCGCUGUACAGUCCUCAGCAGCUACUGUGGCUGCAGCACGUCUAUGCACGACAGUAUUACAUGCAAUACCAAGCAGCUUUAGCAGCAGCAGGCACAGUCCCCUCAGCACCAACUGCAACCGUCGGCCAGUACCCCCCAGUUCCUGCCCACCAAGUACCUGUUCCAGCCCCGUUGGCCAAUCAGAACCCCAUCGACAACUUGCCAGCAAACCAGAACCCGGCGCAGGAUGGCGCUUUCAUUAACGCCGGCGAUGCCAACCAGAACAUGCGAAUGAAUGCUCAGGGCGGGCCUGUGAUGGAAGACGAGGAGGAUAUGGAGCGGGAUUGGCUGGACUGGUUUUACUCUGCCGCACGAUUCGGCGUUCUGCUCAUGAUCGUGUAUUUCAACUCCAACCUGAGUCGCUUUCUGCUGGUGAUGAGUGCCCUGCUCCUCAUGUAUCUACACACCGUUGGCUGGUUUCCCUUCAGAAGGCGAGUUCAGGUCCAACCACCAAACCCUCCCCCCGAGGCUGAGAACAGGAACCCAAACCCAAAUCCAGCUGAUGGACCUGCUGCUGCACCGGAGGAAUCUGACCAACCAGGACCGAUGGCGGCAGUGUUAGUACCUCCUCACAGAGUGUCAGUCAUGUGGACAGCCUGGGUUUUCUUCAAAACGUUCUUCUCCUCCCUCAUACCUGAAGUUCCUCAGGGAAUGGCCAACUGACCGUGUACAACAUCAUAGGGACAUUUUGCUUUUAAUCCAGUGGGAACAAUAAGCUACGGAGACGUGCAAGAACAUGGGGAGAAGAAAACAAAGACUUCCUCAAGACAGAUUCUUAAAUAAAAACAAGGAUCUUUUAUUUAUAUCAGUAGCAAAACACAGUUGCACUGUUUCACAUUUUGGACAUUGUUAUUAUUCCUUUUUCUGUAAGAAAGAAACAAAACAGUUCAAACACCAGCAAAAUAAAACAGCUGCCAGACAGAUGAUUUGCCAAAACAUGAACUGGCAUCAACUCAACAGUAGGUGGCAGCACAGGGUAAAAAAAAUCCACAGACAUAUACACAGACUAAAACUGGACUGUUGCUGUGAAAUAAUUGUUCCAGUAAAGACGCGCUUGAACCUUUAGAUUUCUUGGGACUAAACAAAAUGAAGAAUAGCUUCAUAUUUAGGAAUUUUUUUAAGUUGUUUUCAGUGAAAGAGAGAAACUAUCUCUACACUGCAUUUCUAAUCUCAAUAUGAUUCUGUUUUUUUUUGUUUUUCUUCAUCAUUUAAGCAAAGAAAGGCCCAAAUGGGUUGACUUUGGCACCAAUCCGCAAUAAUGAAAUUACCUUUAGUUAUUUUUGAUUUUAUGUUUUUAAGGAUAUUCUAAAGUUGAAGUUCAGGGAUUCAGGGAAAAUCCCCAAAUUCUAAUUCACUGUUUAGUUCUAAAAGUUUCAGUCAAAAAUCACAUUGCAGUUGAGGUGGGUGACACAAUGCAUGGUGUCAAAAAAAAAACAAAAAAAAAAACAACAGAUUUUAAUAUUGUGGUGUUUGUGACCAAAUACAGAUUAUUCUGUUUUUCUGCCAAAUAUGUACUUAUAUUUUCUGUAAAAUAGAGAUGCUGAAAUAGUAAAAUAACUUUGUAAAUAUAUUGUAUGUACACAAAGCACUUUACAAUAUGUAUCUUAUGCAAGCUUCUUUACAUACAAGUGGCGUUUUAAUUUUUAAUUUUUUUUUUUGUCUUUUAACAGGGGGUUGGUUUAAUAUAAAUCUUUUAUUGGUGCCAGGUUUGCUCGACAACUAUGGCGCCGUUCAUGCUUGAGUACUAAAAACAUACCGUCACAGUUCAGAAUAUCCAUAGAAAUAAUACAAGUUUCCACCCAACAUUGGAGAUGUUUUACGACAUGUUGAUGGAAAAUGGCUCAUCUGCAUCUAAUGAGAGAAGACGAUUACAUUUUAAAUGCAGUUGCUUCUCACCUCAUUUAUCUUCAAUAGUGAAUAAAGUGUUUGUUACAGUGUAAAACAAACAGGCGAAUAGUCAUUUUCUGGCUGCAUUACCCCAGCUGUAAAGUUAGCACUCUCGAUUCCCGUGUGGAAAGACGGUAGUUUAUGACCUCGGUCACUUUGUAUAAUUCAGCGUUUUAAUGUUAAAAUAUUUAUGUUUGUUUUUUGUUGGAGUCGCUCUUUCAUGGCUGCUGUAGAAUGAAGCGUCUGUUGAGUGAAACUUGCAAUAAAUGAUGCAAUAAAUAUUCUAAUCU